AUGGGUAUAUUCUUCUUAAUAUUGGGUCUCCUUACUGUAAAUGUAUCGGGGUGGAACUUACAAGAAUCUCGCCAGCAGAGAAUAGUGGGAGGAGACGUAACCACGAUAGACCAGUAUCCAUCUGCUGCUUUAAUACUACUUUAUAGUUGUUUUGAUCAUGUUUUCUCCUCUGUCUGCGGUGCUUCCAUUAUAAGUGAUCGUGCAGUUUUGACAGCUGCGCAUUGUAUCAGUGACUAUGUACCUGUCAGUUAUUGGCAAACGAGGGUAGGAUCUAGCUUCGGGAAUCGGGGAGGAUUUGUCCACCAAGCCAGUAAGGUUUUGAUCCACCCGGAAUACAAUUCACGCGGUAUUUUAAACGACAUUGGGAUAAUACAGACUUCUACACCAUUUACGUUCAGUUCAUAUGUAUCUGCCGCCAGCUUUGCAGGACGAAAUUAUUAUCUGCCAGAUAAUGAACCUGUGACCGCAAUUGGGUGGGGAAUGAAUGAUACGAUCAAUCAAUCGGGCUCCGAGCAGUUGAACAGAGUACAUCUCCACACAAUCAAUUGGAAUCUAUGCGAUAGUAUUUUCCGAGAAGUUGGAUCGCCUAUUGGUGAAGAAGUGCUGUGCAUCGGUAUACCAGGUGGUGGUGUGGGAGGACAAUGUGCUGGCGAUUCCGGAAGUCCCGUUUAUCAUUACGGUGUGAUUGUCGGUGUUUGCUCAUGGGGACAUGGCGAGUGUGACAACCCUCGAUUCCCACACAUCAACGCGAUGGUGUCAAGAUAUGCAGACUGGAUUGUUCAGAAUUCGUAG